AUAAGAAGUAAACUGGUACAGAUUGACACCGCCUCAUACUAGCUACACGUUCAAGAUUUCCGGUGCUUUCGAUCUCUGGCUGCUAGCUAGCUAUCCAAUAAAAACAUGUCGGCUCCUGCUACCGAAGGCUCCGCACCAGGCAACCGCCGCCUACAACAGACACAGGCCCAAGUGGAUGAGGUGGUGGAUAUCAUGCGUGUGAAUGUGGACAAGGUGUUGGAGCGUGACUCGAAGCUGUCGGAGCUGGACGACAGGGCGGACGCAUUGCAGGCCGGAGCCUCCCAGUUUGAGACCAGCGCUGCCAAACUCAAAAGGAAGUUCUGGUGGAAGAACUGCAAGAUGUGGGCCAUCCUGAUAGCUGUUAUAGUCAUCAUCCUGGUCAUCAUCAUCAUCUGGAGCCAGUCACCGUAAAGAAGCAGUUGUUGGAGGCGGAAGAGGAAUGGGCAAAUGAUGGAGAGGAGCGAGUAAAGAGCUGAACGUCUGAAACACGAGGUCUCGUGGUUUAGCCUACUGAGCUUCAAAGCCCAUUCUCCACAGCAGUGUUCUUUCUUCCUGGUCCUGGAGGGCCUAUCCAGUCAGAUUUAGAAUACAUUGCAGAAAGAAAUGUAUUGCAUAGAACUGAUACCAUUAUUCAUUCCAUGAUAGAAAGUCAACCCUCUGAAUGUACCUGCUGAUGGUUGAACUACAUAUAAAGGUCAAAACAGGCUGCGGCCCUCCAGCACCAGGAGUGAAGCACACUACAUUGAAUUUCUCAAGUUAUAUUUGUUUUUUGUUAAUAAUAAUAGAUUUGAUUGUGUGUGACAGAGCGAGACAAGGCCCUGUGUGAUUUGCUCUGUGCUUUCCUGUUAGUCUCUACUGUAAUAUUGACCUGAUGUGCCAAGGAGUCACGCUCCACCCCCUUAAACACACACACACCAGUCAUCAGAUCAGAACACCAAAUGACUAAUUGACAUCGACUUUUGGAUUAUUAUAUCCACAGAAACAUCUGGGCAUGGCUGAGAUUUAAUCUCAACCUUGUUCCUGUCUCUAACAGGACUGUGUGUCUGUGACUCUAAAUAUGUGGGCUUGAAUUCAGAGAAACUGCCAAGAUUGGCACAUGAGCCUUGUUUCUUUUCUGUUAGUCUGCUUGCCCAAAGUGACUGACAAUGAUACUGCCAAUGCCAUCAGUGCCACACUGGUCAUAUAAAAGUAGUGCCUUAAGUAGUGAUUAAUGUCAAAGCACCAAACAAUAGAUAUCAGGCAAAGAUGGGGGAUAACAUUUAACUUAAGAAAAACAGCCAAAAGACAGCGAAGCCUUAGCAAACCAACAUACGGAACCAGCAGUGCUUUCCAAUGGUCUGCAUAUUCAUGCCCACACACGCAUAUAGGCACUAAUGGUCUUCUCUGCAGGUUCCUGCUAUCCUUUAUAUUAUCCUAAUAACUACAACCUUUCAAUUGUUUUAUUAAUUUAAUGCCAAUAAAUGUUUUUGUUCCUUAAAUAUAUUUGCUGUGUAGUGUUACUAAUCUUAAGAGAAACGGUGUAGAUUAUUUUUCUUUGCAUACUGAAAUGCCUUUAGUUGCCAUGGUUACUUUGUUGCUGCAGUGAAGAGCAUCAUGGAUGUUUGGGAAGGAGGAACUUGUGUGGAGCAUGUUCAGUAUGUGUCACCACCUUUUUAUAGGGUGCCAAAACCAAGGGCCUAUUUUCUGGGGUGCAACUAUACGGAUCCUUCAGACCGAUGUGUAUUGCAUAGAAUCAACCUUGAGUGAAUUUUGCUCAAUUCAUUACAUUUCUGAAGUGCUCUAAAGAUGUUACAUCUUACUAAAUAAACUCCAGCCCUGCCAAAUAAGCCUUCCCCAAGUCUACCCCUCCCUGUAUAAAUAUUAGAAACAAGUGCAAUUCUACUUUGUGGCUUUACAAUGUUGUCUUGCUUGAAUAAAAACAGAUGUAACUUUUA